GUGGCCCUGCUGGGUUUGGCGAAACUUCCUGCCUGAAGAUGAAGGCCCAGAUGCCGCUGCACUGGCGUCUCCCCUGCGAUGACAUCGGCAAGGUGAUGGCCGGCUGCUUGGAAGGGCUGAACGGUGAGAGCAGCGGCGUCAACGUGGAGUUGGUAGUCCUCGACGGCCCCGCCAGGAACGUUGGGGGCGCGAAGGUCUUCGUGCUCGCGGUGCCGCCCGAGGCCAGGAUGGGCGCGGAUAAGAGCAUCUGCAAGAUAGACGAGGGCGAGCCACUGCCCAUCGGUCCCAACAUGGAGCCGCCGCCAGAGGAGCUCACGCCGCGAGCGCCCCAGCUCGAUAAUCUCGCGGGCUACCGCGGGCAGGUCAACGACGCGGUGCACAAGCGCGGCCCCAUGCAGAUCCAUGACGAGGCGAAGAUGUCCGCGGCCGCCGCCCAGAAUGACCUCGACCAGGCACACCGCGAGCUGGCGGAGCAGAAGGCCGACCUUGACACUGCCAACCGCCCCAUAAUCGAACUGCUUCUCGAUCAGGUCCGCGCCGACCUGAAGUCGCAGACGACCGGCUCGUUCCACCGCGAGCUGGCUGAGCAGAUGGUUCUCGACCAGGCCCAAAGCGACCUGAAGUUACAGGCGGCCGCCAUCAAGACAGACCUGGACUCGGUCUACGGCGAGUUGAAGACACAUAUGGCCGCAAAUAUCACACAUCUUGACAAUGUCAACAGCCUCGCGAAUGCGCGGCUGAUCGGCAAGGCGCCCAUCGAAGAUCUCGAGCUGACCCGCGAAGAGAUGAUGACGCAGAAGGCCGCCGCCAAGACAGACCUUGACCAGGCCAUCCACUUCUUGAAGGAGCAGAAGACCAAACUUUCAGCAUGUCUCGACAAGAACAACUGCCGGACG